AUUCCCCCACAAUGCUUUGCGGCAGGGGGGCUGUCGUGUGUGCGUUGUUCGUGGUGCUGAAGCUGCGCGUGCCUCGGAGGCUGCUACCAUAGAGAUCCACCCGAGCAUCCUUCCGCGAGACGGAGCCCGAGCGAGGUUAAUUCUAGAUUCGUUCCCGAGGCACAAGCUGCAGCCAGGAGCCGCUUGUGAAACCGUCUUCCCGGCUGUUUGUCGAGGCUCUCUCCGGCUCCCCGCCUGUCCAGCCGUGUUCGCCGCUCCAUCCCGCAUCCUUUAUGCACAGCACGCUGCUCCGGUCCUCCCCGACAAAACACACAUUCGUGUCCGAGCACCAUGGCCCGCUCCAGCCGCUUUCAUUGAGAGAAAUGGAAGCCAAACAGCACCAGAUAAAGAGCCUAAAGAGCUACCCAGAGACAGGUGGCCGGAGCCUGGCAGCGGCCGCCGGAGGAGGAGGAGGCGACGGCGGCGGGUAUCGUGCCGGCUCGGCCGAGAUGGAGAUGGAGGCGAAGAUCCAGAAAGCCAUCGACUUCAAGGCGGAGGGUCACCGCUGCUACAAGGAGAAGAAAUUUCGGGAAGCGAUCGGCAAGUACCACCGGGCGCUGCUGCAACUCAAAGGGGUGCAUGUGGUCGACGGGACGACGGGCUCCGAGGUCAACCUGCUCACCCAAGCCGCCGCCAAGCUGACCGAGGAGCAGCGGAGAGCCGUGGAGAGCACCGAGAUCGAGUGCUACGACAGCCUGACAGCGUGUCUGUUGCAGUCAGAGCUGGUAAACUACGAGAGGGUGAAGGAGUACUGUCUGAAGGUGCUGAGCCACCAGAGGGACCACUUCAAGGCCAUGUACCGAGCCGGCAUCGCCUUCUAUCACCUGGGAGACUAUGAGUGUGCCCUGCGCUACCUGCGUGACGCCAAGAACCGCGAACCCACAGACACCAACGUGCUGCGGUACAUCCAGCUGACAGAGAUGAAGAUGAGCAAGAGCGGACAGCGGGAGCGAGAGAGCGGCAAAGAGACCCAGGGCUAAACCCUCGACCUUUUCACCCUCCUGACCCCGCCACCUUCCGACCCUACAAGCCAUCCCUACAUCGACCCUCCUCCCCUCUGCCUUCUCUGUCGACUCCUGACAGCAGCACAGCCCACAGACAGAAGGGACAGACGCGAUCACCCGGGAGACAUAUCAAACACUGUCUGCAACCCGACCUCCUUUUUCUUCCUUCCUCCUCCCUCUUCUUCUUCCCCCCUCUCCUUCUCCCUCAGGUGCUGUGGUUCCUCUCCCUAGACACAGACAGCCGAGCAAACGUGGGGGGGAAAAAAAAGAAACAACAAAAAACAAGGAAAAUGCUGUAUUAUACUCAUAAGAAACAGUCGAUGUGGUGGAAUGAAACAGGAGCUUCAAAACAUACAUAUGAAUAAUGGACAUUUGCGUGAUUUAGUAAAUGUUUUAAAAACAUGAAAUGCAUUUUGUUUCUGCUCUCUCUCUCUUUUUCUCUCGGCCUUCUUUCUCUCCGUCUGAUGUGGAAAUCUCGAGGAGGAUAUCGAGGACUGGGAUGCUCGACCACAAUGGGAGGGAGGCGGAUGUGUGUGUGUGUGUGGAGCAUGAGCAGGGGAUAGUGAGGGGUGUGUGUGUGUGUGUGAGACACAUAUCAAGACCAUAGCCCAAUUUGAUUGUACAUCUUACCCCAUCAGGGCUCACUCAGACCCCUUAAUCUGUCAUCAAGUGGAGAAAAUAAUCUGUCUCACUUUUCUUUCCUGGAUGCCAUGUUUUCUCAGUUUCUUUCAAUUCAAGGGCUAUUUCAAGUGUUUGUAAUCUGUUUCAAGGGUCUUUACUUUGCUUUUGGUGUUCAUCAUACUCGGUAGUGAUUAAUCGGUGGUUAAUAGCAUCUGUGUGCGCAGCAAAGAGACAAAAUCCUCCAGCGGUUCUUGCUGUAAUCAGGUGUGCUAUCGUAGAAAACUGUCUUGAAUCUGUCGCCCCUCCUGAGUCGUGUGUCGUCGUUGCUGAGACUGUUCGAGCCCCACCUUCCCUCUUUUCCUCCCUCCCUCCCUCCUUCUUUCCCAUCUGCCCCUCCCUGUUCUCCCAUUAAUGAUGUCACAACGGAAAAUAGCCAAUGGGAUUGGAGUCCCAUCAACCGCCGUUGGCUAGAUGGGGAUCCACUUUAAAGUUUCACAGUGAGAACCACUUGGUCCAACCUUUUUAUCGGUAAUGCCGAAGCUUCCCAGACAUCGAUAACACACACGCAGAGGAGACUCUGGGCGGCGUUAGUGCAGGGAAAAAAAACAAUCACACACACACACUUGUGUCCUGGAGCACUCAGCGUUAGUGCACUUCAGCGAGAGUGUGCCAUUUGAGAUUUCUUCCUGUUUCAGUUUUUAUCUGAGCUGUGAGGACAGAUAACACACAGCAUUAGCGUUCGACGACUCUACUGGCGAUACGGUUUAUCCAUGGCUAGCCGUCAAACGAUACAUAGAUAAUUUGCUUCGCUUGUGACUUGUGAAGCCGAAUCAUCGAUAAUGCAAAUAUUGCUUUUAUGAUAGCUUUGCCACUGUUCUGCAGAAAGGUUGGAUCGACGACUUGUGAAAGCAUGAUCUGAACUCCCCCCCGCCCCCGUCUCUGAUGCCAUGAAGCACACCUCCUGCAUGUAACGUGCAACUCCAGAGAGUUCCUUCAGAUGUAUGGGAUAGGGAUUAUAUCUGCUCAAUUGCUUUCUGUCAUGGCAUGCUGCCACACUGUUUGCCCAUAGCUCUAUUUUAUCCAUCCUGCCCUUAAUAUAUAAACACAGAAGGUGGUGACAGACUCUUAUCACAGCAGUGGAAUAA